CCUUGGCCCUCGCUCUGGUCCCCGACCACCACCUCCCCUGCUUCACCUCUCCGGCUCUCCUCCUCGUACAACGCAAAGAUCUCUUGCCAGCGGCGGGGCCAUGGGCCGGCGCAGAUUCCGGCUCUCCGACAUGAUGCCCAACUCCUGGUUCUACAAGCUCCGCGACAUGCGCCGCGCGCAGGGCCGCCCUGGCGGCGUCGGCGGCUCCGGUGUUGCGAGCGCAAUACAGCAUUCGUCGUCAUCGUCAUCGCCGCGGGGGACAAGGCCCGCCACGAAGACUGCCUCCCCGUGUCGUGGGUCUGUGGCGCUCCCGCACAGGGCGUCGUAUUACUACACCACCCAGGACCGGGAGCUCCCGCCGUCGCCGCCGCCGCAGCCGAGGACUGCCACGGAGGAGGACCGUCAGCUGUUCCCCCUGCCGCAGUCUCCGCCGAGUUGCUCCUCCAGGAGGCAGCACAGGGUUGGGCCCGUCAGGGUGGGGAUGGGGCGAGAGCUGGCGCCCGUGGCCGAGGCGCCGGACGCUCCCCAGCGCCGGCGUGACAUGUACGUCGGGCGUGAUGGCGUCGAGGACGUCGGGCAGGUCCGGAUGCCGGCGGUGACCGCGUCAUCGGAGGACAGCCUCAGGGGCAUGGUGAUCGCGUCGGACACGGACACGGACAUCGUCAUAGACCUCCGGGCAGAGGACACGGCUGAGAGGGUGCUUCGGCCGAUCGUGACCAGGCCGGCGAGGAACAAGGUCGUCCGGUACGCGCAGAAGGAGAGGCACGUCGACGUCGCCGACGCGACGCUGAGAGCCAACUUUGCCUCUGAACAGGGCAGCAAGGGCAACCCAAAGCGCUCGGCCGUGUCCACGGGGCGCCGCCUCAAGACGCGCGCCAACAGCCCGCGGCUGGUGUCCAGGUGCAGGAAGGGCAAGCCGACGACCCCAGCGGCGGCGUCACCACGGAAGACGACGCCAGCACCGCCUCCGCCGCUCUCUGAGAGCUUUGCGGUUGUGAAAGCGUCGGCCGACCCGAGGAGGGAUUUCCGCGAGUCCAUGGAGGAGAUGAUCUCCGAGAAAGGCAUCCGCGACGCCGCCGACCUGGAGGACCUCCUCGCGUGCUACCUCGCCCUCAACGCCGCCGAGCACCACGACCUCAUCGUCGAGGUGUUCGAGCAGAUUUGGACGAGCCUUGCCAGCGUCAGGCCGUGAUCAACGCCAUGAGGUCACCAUCAUCACUCAGUAACAUCCAUUGCCAGCCGCAGAUUAACUAGCGUAGUUCUUGACUUGCUGUCAAUGGCAGCAAUAAGAAAUCUCCAUAACAAAAACAAAGAAGAAGAAGAAAAACCUUGCUCGAUCUGCUAAAGGUUUGGUUCUUCCCGUGUUCGUGCUCGUGCUCGUUGAUUCUUGCCCCUGAGGUGCUUGAUCGCCUGGUGCAUGAGCUGCUUUCAUGAGCGUUACUCGUGUGAACAGUUGUCAGUAGACAGGACACUUGUAGGCUGUACUACAUCAUCAGUUAUUACACUUACUAUUCUGCACGAUCUCUGCUGUCUCAAAUUAAAUCCAGGUGAAUCAGCCGAAUCAUGGUGU